AUGUAAGGAAAAGUUUCUUAUUAUAAUUAGGUUAAAAGAUAAGAAUUAGACAGAGGACUUAAGAAAGAGAGAGCAUUGAAGGAUGACCAAGACGCUUAGCCUAUAAAAGAAGCCGAUUAAGAUAUAAAUGCAUUAGAUGCAGGUAAAAAAAUGUCAAAAGGUGAAGAGAUAAUUUGGGAUAAGAGGAUUAGUUAAAGAGUAUAGGAGUUAAUUGAAGAUAAGAUUCAAAUAUUUCGAAAAGAAAAUAAGCACGAUCAGAAUGAAGAUUUUAGACCCUUUGUAAAUUCGAUCUUAGUGAAGCUUAAAGCAAGAGAGAUCCAAAUGGGUAAAAGGAAGAAGAAAGAUGACUAUCUUGAACAAAGAUUCAGAAUAAUGAAGACCACAACAUUUGAAGACUUGAGGCAGGAAUCUUGUGAGUUCUGGGGUAUUGAUCCCUCCAAGUACAGUCUAUAUGAUGAAAAUCUACAUGAUCUAAUGAGUCUUAAUCAAGAUCCCUCACAUAUAGCUCAUUUUGUAGAAAAAUACUUUGAAAUUACAAGACUAAAAACAACUCCAACUCUCUAUAUUUAGAAACCUGAUCUAGAAAAUACAGUCAUAUCCUCAAACUAAAAAGAUGCAAUUAGAAUAAAGAGUGAAUACUUUGGAGGGGAAAAUAAGUAAAAGGUAGAAAUAGAGUAAAAGGAUAAUAAAGUUCAAAACAAAGUUGGUGACAAAGAGUACAUCAAGAAAUUCACUUCAAUUUAUCCUGGACUUAAAUACUUUUAAAUAGGAGAUAAGAAAUCAAGAAGAAUAAACAAGUCACAUUUAUCCUCUCCUGAUACCAAAUUUUGCACUCUAUUAGUAGCACUAUUCCUAAUGAUGUUUACCUUGCUCUCAAUAUAUCUGAGAAGAGAUAUAAAUCUACAAUAUUGGCUUCAUAGAAAAGUAGAAGCUUAGUUUAUUGGUAAUGAUGUUUUUAAUGAUCCAACACUUACUGAGUUUUCCUAAAUUUAGAAGUUAGAUGAUUUCUAUAAGUUUGUUAAUACAACUCUAGCUGUAGCAAUUUUUUCAACUUCAUAAAAUCAAUCUGAGAUAAGCUAGAUCUCUCAAUUUUUGGGCAAAAUGCGAUUUAGGUAGUAGAGAGCAACUAAGUCUGAUUGCUAUAUAGAUUGGCCAUAAGGUAACUGUUACACAUAUUCUUUAUCUGAUGGGCAAGAAACAGGAAUGCUUGGAGAUGGAUCUUAGCCUUGGCAGAAUUAUUAGAGCUCAUCUAGACUUCAGAUAGUUGGAAAUGUAAUAUUAUUUAGUUUAUUAGUCUAGUUUUAUGGAGAAGUAGAGAACUAUGAUGGAGGUGGAUAUAUGCUUGAUAUUGACUUAAAUUAAUCUCGAGAGAGUUUUGUUACGUAUGUAAAUAACCUGUUCAAAACUGAGAAUAAAUAUAUUGAUGUAACUACACGAGUGCAUUUUAUUACCUUUUCUUUCUACAAUCCUUCAUGUGAUUACUUCAUUGUCGUAGACGUUAUGAUUGAAUUCUUAGCUGCGGGAGUUGUUCAUCCUACAUAUGUCAACAUUAUACCUUUCAGAGCCAACAUCUUUGAAUAAAGUAGUGAAAAGGCAUUACAGGCUUAGAUAGCAAGGUAACUUUAUAUUGGAUUAAUCAUGGACUUUUCAAUUAUAUUCUUUUUCUUUUUCUCCUGGGUACUAAGCUAUUACUCAUCGAACCAGAAAACAGACGAAAUAUUUAAAUCGGAAUAAUUCAUAGAUUUUGUUAACAAAGCAGAAUGGUAUCAAGAAACUUAUACUCUUGACUCUGUUUGUAUUAUAUUCCUAUUUGUCAAAAUUGUCUGGGUUUUAAGAAUAAGUAGAUAUAUCCAUUGGGCACUACUUACUAUAGAUAAGGCAGUAUCUCAGAUUUUGGCUUUCAUGAUAAUUUUAAUACCUUGCUUUGCAGGCUUCACAUUUAUAGUGUAUAUUGUUUUUGGGCCGUACAUAAAGCCUUAUCAUACAUUUUCACAAUCACUAAAAUCAGUUCUAUUCUUUGUGCUUGGCCAAUUAGAAACUGAAAAAAUGAUAAGAUCCAACCCUGCUAUUGCUGUGAUUUGGUCUUAUAUUCUAUACUUUUUCUUGAUUUUUAUAUUCUUAAGCAUCUUCAUGUCCAUAUUCAUUGAAUCAUAUGAAACUACCAUAAAAGAAUACGGCUAUCCUUCAGAUUUUGGGGAUCUAGUGAGAUGGGAAUACAGGGAUUAUCUUUACUGGAUGAUUGAUUGGCUGCCUGAAAAACUUCUCAAGAAAAUAAAAAGAAUCAAGAAUGAGCACAUAGAUGAAGAUCAAGCAGAUUCAUAAGAAAGAGAAAAUAAUGAUGAGAAAAAGGAAAGUGAAUUUUGA